AUGGAGAAGAACCAGCAGGUGGAUCCUCUUGCGCCAACCGGUGGCCAAUACCCUAGAAGUGACCAAGAGUCCUUGAGCAAUAACACGGAACAAGAGAAGCGCCAGAAGAGGCUCAAGUGGGCUGCGUACAUCGCCGCCUUCACCGUGUUUCAGGUUAUCGUCAUUCUCGUCUUCGUCCUCGUCAUCAUGAAGGUGCAUACCCCGAAAUUCCGCAUCGGGACGCCCCGCCUCGCGUCCCAGGCAGCCGUUUCCGCUCAGUCUGACUCGUUUUUCAACGCGACCCUCGUCACACCCUUCAGGCUCAAGAACUCCAACUUCGGUCCUUACAAGUACGACUCCACCACCGUCUUAUUUAAGUAUGAUGGUACCGUCGUGGGGCAGGUUGAUGUCCCCAAGGGCAAGGCCAACUUCAAGUCCACAAAAAAGUUCGAUCUCACGGUCACGGUGGACACCAACUCUUUGACCAACACUUCGAGGACGAGGCUCGGGGACGACUUGCUCGCCGGGAACGUGACGCUGACGAGCUCGGCAAAUCUGAACGGUAAGGUCGAGUUGAUGCUCAUCUUCAAGAAGAAGAAGUCCACGAGCAUGGAUUGCACCAUGGCGAUAGUAGGAGAAACUGUUCAAUCGGUGAAUUGUGAAUGA